AUGAGUGGGGAACUUAAUAUCUUAAAGAUACUUAUUUUGAAGGAGAAUUCCUCUGCUUUCUAUGUCCAUUGUUUUGCACAUCAGCUUCAGUUAGCUUUGGUGGCUGUAGCAAAGAAAUAUAGCAUUGUAGGUGCCUUCUUCACAUCAGUUGGUCAUGUUGUAAAUAUUGUUGGUGCAUCUUCUAAACGGCGUGACAUUCUUCGAAAAAAGCAGUCUCUCAAAGUUGUUCAAGCAUUGAAAGUUGGAGAACUUUCAAGUGGAAGAGGCUUAAAUUCAGAAAUUGAGAUUAAGCGUUCAGCCAAUACACGUUGGAGCUCAUAUUAUGGUACGCUCAUAAACUUUAUUGCCAUGUUCUCUCCCAUAAUUGAUGUGCUAGAUGGAAUUGCAUUUGAAAAAGUAGGUUGUGAUCAAAAACAUGAUGCCUUUAUUUCAUUGGGGUUAUUGCAAUGUUUUGAUUUCAUAUUUAGUCUGCACUUGAUGAGGAUUGUACUUGAAAUUAGUCAUGAGUUGUCACAAGCCUUGCAAAAAGAUGAUCAAGAUAUAGUAAAUGCAAUGGAUUUAGUGAAAAUUUGCAAGAGAAAAUUGCAAGAUAUGAGGGAUAAUGGAUGA